CCAAAAUUUCUGUCUCAUUUUCUUCGAGCUUAAGCUUGGGCUAAGCUCUAUUUGGGUGCCGCUGAAGGAUUGAACAGAAGCUCAAUAAUUCGAUCGUUUCCUUUUUUCGUUGCUCAAUUCAUGUGAAGUUGAAGGAUUAAUCGAGAUUUGAUUUUGCAAACCGACUCGAUCUUACUUGAAUUGCUUCCGAUUUCAAUUUUAGGUUAAGAAAAUGAUAUAAAAAAACAUUUAAGAUUUGAAGUUAUAAACAUGGAAAAUUGUAAAUUCUGCCCAUUGCUAAGAAAAUUUAUGGAUUCAUCCCGUGGAGAGCUUCUGAUCUCACUCUUUACCUAAUAGCAACUAGUAGCUGUCAAGGUAAUAUGACUGAUAACUACAGCAACUUAAGUGUAAGCUCGAGCUCAAGUUUGAAUAGCAGCUUUCAGGACACUGAGGAUGAUCAUACAAUUGCCAGAAUCUUGGCAGAGGAAGAAAACUUGAAGUUUGAUAACAAGCUCGGGAAGAGACUCUCUCAUCUGGAUUCCAUCCCUCAUACUCCUCGGGUUAAUGGGGAAAUACCAAACGUUAAUGAUGCAACCUUAGACCAUGAACGGCUGUCAGGAAGACUUGUCACAUAUGGUUUAGCGGAGCUACAGAUGGAAGGUGAUGGGAAUUGCCAGUUUCGGGCAUUAGCAGAUCAAUUAUUUCGAAAUCCUGAUUACCACAAGCAUGUAAGAAAGGCAGUCAUCAAACAGUUAAAGAAAUUCAGAAAACUAUAUGAAGGCUAUGUUCCAAUGAAGUACAAAACCUACCUCAAGAAGAUGAAAAAAUCAGGUGAAUGGGGAGAUCACGUUACUCUACAAGCAGCUGCAGACAGAUUUGGUGCAAAAAUUUGCUUAGUCACAUCUUUCCGAGACACCUGUUAUAUCGAGAUCCUCCCCAAAGACAAUAGUCCCCACAAAGAACUUUGGCUGAGCUUUUGGUGUGAAGUGCAUUACAAUUCAUUGUAUGCCAGUGGAGAUCUUCCUACAAGAACGCCGAGAAGAAAACAUUGGCUUUCGCUUUUCUAAAGUAAUGGAGAAAUACCAUCACCCACAUCCUCCCCAUAUAUCAACUUCCUCUUGAUUUCAUGUGUAUGAAAUCUUGGAAAGUAAGCUAACACAACAAUCCCUUAUAGUUCCUCACUACAAAAUGAUUGUUGCAGACUCGUCGAAACAGAAUAUAUAAGGUCUAAGCAUAGGUAUUUAUACACACGUACUGGGAAAGAUUAGAAUUAUAUAUAUAUAUUUCAAAUCAUCUUAAUUGUUUA